GCAGAUCAAAAUACUGCUGCUGCUCAAAGUACAAAAGGAGACCUGGCCCAAUAUUCCCCUAUCCUUCCACCUCCGGUCAGUUGCAGCCAGGCCGGGUGGCCCUAGGUGGAGAGGUGCCCGCCGGGGCGCCGAGGCCCAGGAAGAAACUCUCCCAGCGGCUGCAGCCCGCGCCACGAGCUUCCCGUUUCGCACCAGGUGCCGGAGAAGCGGCUUCUCUGCUGCGACAGGAACUGAGAGAGGCUGAGGAGCAGCAGGCAGAGAGGGAGGCGGUGCUGCUCUUGCGGCCGUCGCCGUCACGACGGGUCGAGGAAGCGAGCAGCCAGCCCUGGGCCACCCUCGGCGAAGACGCCCGUAACACCCCCACACCCACCCCACACGCGCCGCGGCCGGGACUUAGAAAGAGAGAGAGAGAGAGAGAGGGAGAGAGAGAGGAGCUCAGCAGCUGCCCGCCCCGCCUCCUCCUCCUCCUCCUCCGGCUCAGGCCGAGCUGGCGCCGGGCUGUCUUCCGCGCCCUCCGGGGGGUGCCGCAGCAGCCUCCUGAGGGCCCCCGAGAUGUGACCAUGGAUUGCAGGAUCAAGGAAAAUCCAGAGAGGACGUUUGAUUUGGUGCUACAGGUAAAAUGCCAGGCUUCUGAAAAUGAAGAUCCUGUGGUUUUGUGGAAGUUCCCUGAGGACUUUGGAGACCAGGAAGUACUCCAGAGUGUACCUAAAUUCUGCUUUCCUUUUGACAUUGCAAGGGUGACUCAAGUUGGACAGCACUUUACCUUUGUGCUUACUGACAUUCAAAGCAAACAAAGGUUUGGAUUUUGUCGGUUAACACCAGGAGGCAAAGUGUGCCUAUGCAUCCUAAGCUACUUACCAUGGUUUGAGGUGUACUACAAAUUUUUAAAUAUGCUGGCAGAUUAUUUGGCUAAAGAACAGGAAGAUGACUUGAAUGACUUGUUAGAAACCUGGUAUAGCCAUACUGUGCCAGAGGCAAACACUCCUGUCAGCUUAAGUUUGAACAAAGGGAUGUUUUUUGCAAGUGAGCAAGUUCUGAAAAACCAACCGUGUUUAACAGCGCACUCAUACUUCAUUACUCCUGAUGUAACUGGAUUACCAACAAUCCCUGAAAGUAGAAACCUUACUGAAUAUUUUGUUGCUGUGGAUGUGAACAACAUGCUGCAACUUUAUGCCAGCAUGUUGCAUGAAAGACGCAUCAUUAUUACCUCCAGCAAACUAAGCACUUUAACUGCUUGUAUUCAUGGGUCAGCUGCAUUAUUAUAUCCACUGUACUGGCAACACAUAUACAUCCCAGUUCUCCCUCCACACCUGCUGGACUACUGUUGUGCACCAAUGCCGUACUUGAUUGGAGUACACUUCAGUUUAAUAGAGAGAGUGAAAAGUAAAUCACUGGAGGAUGUGGUGAUGCUAAAUGUUGACACAAACACUUUGGAAACUCCAUUUCAUGACCUGAGCAACCUGCCAAAUGAAGUGGUCUCGGCCUUGAAAAAUAAACUGAAGAAGCAGUCCACAGCUACGGGUGAUGGAGUAGCCAGGGCCUUCCUUAGGGCACAGGCUGCACUGUUUGGAUCCUACAGAGAUGCACUAAGAUACAAACCUGGCGAGCCUGUCGGUUUCUGUGAGGAAAGUUUUGUCAAGCAUCGUUCCAGCACUACUAAACAGUUUCUGGAAACAGCCGUGAAUCUUCAACUUUUUAAACAGUUUAUUGAAGGUCGUCUUGCAAAACUAAAUGCAGGAAAAGGGUUCUCUGAUGUGUUUGAGGAAGAAAUCUCUUCAGGUGGCUUCAGUGGAGGAAAUUCAAGAUCAUAUCACCAAUGGGUCUAUACAGUAAAGAAAGGAGGAGCUCUGAUCAACACUGCAAUGAACAAAGCCAGCCCAGCCAUGAAAACAGCGUACCAAUAUGCAAAAAAUCAUGCAAAACAGGGAAUAAAGGAAGUGAGAAGUAAGUUGAAACACAAGGAAACAGAAGAUGAGUAUGGAACUUGUAGCUCGGGUUUGGUGCAAUACUCUCCAAUCUGCACAUUGCACAAUUCUCAAAGACUGAACACCGAAAAACGAAGGCUUGCACAGACACGGUUUGGGCACCUUCAUACCAACACGUUUAAUCAUGAUUCUGCCUUGGAUGAGGAGGCUGAUGAUGACAUGGACCAAAGAAGCAAAUUGUCAUCUGAGGACAGUGAGGAAACAUCUUGUUAUUUGUAUGACAGUGAUGAUUCCGGAGAAGUGGCUAAAAUGUCUGUUCGCCCUGGAGAAAUGGAUUUGUUGGGAGAGAUUUUGGAUACCUUGAGUACACACAGUUCUGAUCUAGGAAAGCUCUCAGGAGCAAAGAGCCUGGAUUUCUUUCGAUCAAUGGAUGACAUUGAUUACAGGAUUACGAAUAAAUCCAACACACCAAGUGAGAGCAACCUUGCUUUGCUCUGCAACAGUCUGACUUCUGAUCCAGCAGAGUGGAAUCUUGGACAAGAUGACAGUAUCCUCAGUGGGAAACAGCUUCCCUCAUCAUCAAGGAAAAGUAUUCUUUCCAGAGGCCACACAGACGCGCUCUUUUUGCUGGCAAAAGAAAGUCCUGCCCAUGCCCUUAGUGCUGAUAAUGUUGGCUUUCAUGAAACAUGCAUAAAAUCUCCAAGCCCAUCUCAGGGAACUAUACAGCUGUGUUCUCCAGGAGUUUUUCAAGUGAAGACACUAAGCAGUACCUCAGCAGAUCAGAUGUCACCUAACUUGAGCCAACAUCCAUCCACUCUAGUUCCUUGGGAGAGAGAAACUAACAAAGGAAAUGAAAUCCUAGAAGAGGGCGGACUUCUUCAUGAAGUAGUGUCAUUGUGUAAAAUGACUUCCACUUUCAAUCAUGGUUCAAACAUUUCAGGGGACAGAUUUUCCAGUAGCAGUGGGAAUAAAACAUAAGACAUUUUCAAGGGGAGAACAUGCACUCCCGUCAAAGGAAGACAACUCAGGACUCCAUAUCACAAAGUGAAUCAAACCAUCACAAAGGAAAUGAUAUAUCAUCUGUUCGACUAACCUUAGUUGUGGUUUGCCUCACAUGUGCAUUUUUCUCCCCUUUUUUAUUUUGAACAUCUCAACCAAUGCAUCCUUGAACCAAGUACUAUUAUGGCUCCAUGCUUAAGCUACAGCUGGUAUGUGGCACUUCCUGUUGUUUCCCUCCUCCUCCCCCUGUGCACAAACAAACAUAUCUUCACAGGUAGGCAUUGUCUUCCAUCCUGCUGGGUAUGCAGUGAACCUAAGCAGUAUGAUUUGUCUGUGACUCAGAAAUCCUGUUUAUCCAUGAUCUAAUUGCCUUAAAAAAGUGACAGGAAAAGAUUUAAAUAUCCUAAAGGAUGAAUUGUGGAUGUAUGGAAAAAGUUGCCAUUAUUUCAUAGCAGUGAAGUGCUUGAGCAAUGAAAUAUGGAUUAUUUCCAAUCCACUGGCACUCUUAGGACUAAAUGCAGCCAGCCACAUAACUGUGUUCUACAUAGUGAUUGCAUGAGAGCCUGGUCCGAUGGGAGGCUCCACUGCAAGCUGUCUUCCUUCCUUUGUUUUACCAUAGUCAAGCAAUAUGCAUCAAUGACAGGAAAGCACUGUUGAUGAAUGGAUCACCAUAUGAAUGAGUUGUGAAUGGUUUUAUCUGAGUUUACCCUCAGCUAGGAUUUUUUUUUUACCAGGCAAGCAGUGUGGUCCUGACUUCCAGUCCCUAAAACAAUACUGUCUACUCUUUUUGCUGUAACACAGUGCUUGCCUCCAGAGUAGCAUAAGCAGAAGUCAACCCAUGCAGUUGAGCUUUCUCCCUCCCCCCUUCCCCACUGCAGCCCCCUUCACUCAAGCAGGGUGCCCCCCUCCAACUGAACACUGCUGAUACUCCUCUUCCACUGCAGCCUCCUGCACGAUAUGCCAGGCCUUCUUGGAGGAUGCCCCAAGAGCAGGCUUUCGGGGGGGUUGUAGUGGAGAGGAGGGGGCACGGCCUCAGUGCAUGAGUAGACAUUUGCUUCGGCUCUUCUGGAUCCAAGCCAGUGUGAAGUUUACAGCUUUUAAAGGUGGUGUUCACUGUCAGUGUUUUGCAUCUUCGAUUUUCCAAAAAAGAAAAAGGUCUGAACAAAGCGGGUGGGUUUUUAUUGGGAUAGAAUUUCCACAAUUCAGUAUUUUGGUAUGAAAAUGGAUCUGUUCUAGUGGUUUUCAUGCCAAUUCAACCUUUCCAAGUAAUUUUUAAAGUAGUGUUAAGUAAUUGGAUCAUUGUUAGGUGCACUGCCUGAACAAAUUCUAAAGUUCCCUUUUUAAAGAAAAUAAAUGAUACUAAUGGCUGACAAACAAAAGUACAAUAGUCUCAUGAGUAUACAUCUAAAAAUCUCUUUCCCUUGCUUAUACAAAGGAAUCAAAGAUCCACAUACAGCUUCCUGAGCAUAAACAUAGCAUUUCAGGAGAUCCAGUACAGCUUCCUCGUUUGUCCUGCCAUCCAGCGACAAGAACCAGGCUGGAAUGGGAUGCUCCACAUUACUAAUAAAUGUCAGUUUUUGAAAGUUGUCCUCAGAAAUCCAUUUUAAGAGCAAAGCUUUGAACUUAUUUAUAAAUUGACUACUGUACUUUGAUAUGUACAGCUACUGGUGUCUUUUUGCAAGACCUGCUUACUCAGAUGUAGAGUCCUCCUUAUUCCCUUGUGCUGUCUGUUCUCUCCACCCACACCAAUUCAUAAUAUGGAAAUCAGUGUUCUAUAAAUGUUCUUGAUUGCUUUGUUAAAGAAAGUAGUGAAUAGAUGAGUUCCUGCCUCUAGUCUAGACAAGAGUGCAAAUUAGAUAGAUGACCCAGAGCCCCACGCAUACAGGGGCAUUCCAUUCUUGACAAGAAUAACUUUGUAUGCUUAUGGAAACUUGCCACUGUAAGCAUGGAGAGUUUCUUUUGAUAAAUGAAAAUAGGAAAAUCCUGUGUGGGUGGUCUCUGAAUCACACCUUAAGGGUGUGGUAGGAUAAAAAACUAAGAGAUAGCUGGCAAAAGUUGCAGGUUUUUGAUGCCUCACAUUGCCAGAAAAUGUGCUUAGGUUUGCCAUGCUAAUGUCACAUCUUAUGUUUAUGUAAUUCUUACUGUGUUUACAAUAAUAUGAGUAAUGUGAGUUCCUCGUUGUUAAGCCCUUGAAGGGCAACUUCAGCUGAAAUGAACACAAAAUGAAAUGUAGAUAAAUUUGCUAGGAUUGUACAUCUCACACAUUCUUUAUCACUGUUAUCAAAAAUUAUUCUUAGGAGGCUGAUAGCUGUGCCUUAUUUUUGCCAUGUAUAGUUGCUAACUACUACUAACAAAACAGAACACACACAAAAUACAUUCAGCUUGCCAAAACAAUCAGGAUAGCAAUUUCUCAAAUCUUUAGACAAUAACUACUCGGUUUAUGACCAUAAUAAACUAAACUAACUACUCAGUUUUCUAUUUACUGUAGUGUAAAAAUUUUCAUAGACCACUUCUGUAGUAUUUUAAUCAUCACAGUAGUAUCACAGGAAAACAAACUGUUCAAGUCCUAAUUCAUUAUUGGCUUGUACCCACUUUUUUGACAGUGUUCUUAGAGUCUUCUAAAAUCACCAUUAUUAAUAUGAUGACCACAGGUUUCAAGUAAACCUUAAAAAUCCUCAGGAGUCCUGGUAGAUUUAACUGCUUUUGUUCAUCAGGUUCCAUUUUUAAUCCUACAAAAUACUGGAUUGUUUCAAUGAAAUUUAGCAUAUGCAGAGCAACCCUGUGCGAGUUUACUCAGCAGUAAGUCCCAUUGUAUUCAAUGGAGCUUACUCCCAGGUACACGUGCAUAGGAUUGCAGCCUUAGGUUGCAUUGGAGCUUGAACUUUGAUGUUCAAAUUUGUCUUCAGUAGACUGAAUUCACCACGUUUCUAAUAUAUUAUUGGGCAUCCUUCAUCGUUUUCCUCAGAUUUGUGCUAGUGUCCUUAGUUCAUUGUCAAGAAUUCUCCAGCCUGAAUGGUUCUGAGGCAUGUAGAUCAAAAUAGGAGUCCAAGGGCUUUCCUUGACUAAAUGUGGUCCAGAAACAGAGAGAGCUAUUUAGCAGAAGCAACCAGUUUAGAUCAGCGUCACUAACGGAACAAGUUGGUAAGAUACUGUUCUGCCAUCCCCCUCCCAGUGUGCCAUGAAAGGCCCUUGCCAGCUUUCAGCAGUGGAAGCUGCUGAAAUAGCAGAAGGCCUUAUGGGUUCACCUGUACGUCUGUGCUCAAAGAAUAAACACAUACUGUAAAACGUUAUGCAAAGAAAUGGAACUCCUAAAAUAAGGCCUUUCAAGUGAAUGCUGUUAGAAGUAGUGCAAGAAGUAUCUCUUCCCUGAAACCUUUGCUGUUCCCUGCCCUUUCAAAGAGUGAUAUUGCUGCUUUUUGAUGGCUAAGCGUUGGGCUAUCAAAAGCUGCCAGUACUGGCUAAUUUGGCUCCCAGAUAGAUCAACAAUCAUUUUCUGUGGAUUAAAUACAGAGCGUUCACUUUGAACAUGCUAGUUUUUCAUAGUUAGAAUUGCUAAAGGGUUCAAUUCACCAGAAGGUUCUCCUGCACAAUUCCCAGUAAAAUGAAUUUGUUUCAAUGAAGUGUUCACAGGAGAACUCCCUUUUGGGUUGUACCCAAAUUAUAUUAGACAGAUUAGAUCAGGCAGAAUAAAUACCACUUUUACUUAGUGCCCUAUAGAUGCAUAGUAAGAUUUAGCUUGCAUUGUGCAGAGAUGAAAAGAAGCAAUUAGCUACUUGCCAAGGUGAAGCCAUUUGGGGAGGAAAGUCUGCCUAUUUCUGUAAUUACCGUAACUGCAAACUUGAGAAAAUCUAGGAUCCUGCUUAGCCACUGGAGAAGAAAUUCUUUGCCAUGGGAGACUUUUUCAGACCUUUUUGUUCCUGAUAUUGAAAUUAAUAUUAAUACUGGUUUCUCUGUUAGAAUGUAGCAUAGGUGGUACAGGACAAACACCGGACCAUCACUUACCCUACACUCUUACCCCCAUUGGCUAAAAGAGAGAAUAUUUUAAAAGCUCAAUCACUGGACCCUUCAGACCCUUUCAGCUCUGAAAACUGGCACCACUUCUCCAAGUCUGGGAGUCAGGUGUGGGCAUGAGGAGGAAAGCACCUUCAGAUUUAUUUGUUUAUUUUUUUAAAAAAUCCAGAUCUGAGGGAGGAAGAGGCCUUUUGGAGGUACUGAUGAACAAGACACUCCCUCCCUUUGGUUUUGGGUUUUAACUGGUUGUGUGGUUGUGCUUGUGGCUUAAAGCCUGUUGGGACCUGACUCUACCUUUUUCUCUUCUAGAGAAAUUCUGUCCCUAUGCCAUUUAUGGCUUUUUAGGGGCAAAGUGGAGUAAAGCAGUUUGGUGCUUCUUGUGGAGAAAACCAAAUUACACUCCACACAUAUUUAUUAACAGGGGCCACAAUCCAUUGGCAAAUUGUGAUGUUGGGCAACUCCCGUUCAUCUCAAUGGGACUUGUGUAGGAGAAUUUCCCAUCUGUCACCACCUUUGCCACCCUUAAUAGGAUCCAGAAUAUGCUGCUGAGGUGGCUACCUCACUUUUCCUUUUGGUAGGAUUGCCUAUUUGAGGAAGUUGUCCUUGAAUAAGGAAAAAAGAGAGGAAUUCACCUGCAUAACUUCUUUCCCCAAGUGCAGUAGAAAGUUGUUAUUUUUAAAGCGUUCCAGGGCAGCUGUACGAUAGAUCAUCUUUUUUCAAAGUAUUAGAUGUCAUUUUUGACCAAAAGGCCUUUAUAAUAUUCUGCCACUCAGGAGAAUGUUCUAAAAUAGAGUAGAUAGGGUGGAAUAGGUGCAGAUAUCAGUUCUGCACUAUUGUCAGGCAUAGAUAACAUUGCAUGAAUCAUAGACCAUUAAUAUGUGUCUUUUAGAUUUUAGAAUCAGUAUUAAAAUAGGUGGGUGCAUUGGGAAGGAGGAGAACAAGCAAAGAUAAGCUUCCAAACUGGAACAUUGAUCCUUUGCAAACUACCCCUUCCCCUGUCCAAAAUACUGCAAUAAGGGAGCUACCAAGGAAAGUGUUGGCUUUUGUCAAAAAAUAUUGGAUUUUGUGCAAUAUUAUUGCUUUUUUUAAAAAGAGUGAUUAUUUUGACAAUUAUACACAUCUGCUUUCCAAGCAGGUCUUUGUGAUGAAUUUUUUGGGGAGUUUUGUUUGUUUCAGGAUUGUGUAGUGCAUGUAGUAUUUAAUUACAGUUGUCAUGGAUAAAAGUACUGUAUAUUGUCAGUAAAGCAAAUUGCAUCUCUAUUGACUGAAAAUAACUAGCAAUGCCACACAUCGCGAUAAACAUAAGCUCUGCCAAUUACUUAAUAGGCAACAGCAUCUUAGAGUUAAUGUUCUUUAAAUUCCAUACAUAAUGGUAAUCACAAUGCAGUUGAUCAGGAAUUUCUGAUGCUCAUCUUGUUCCUCUUAUCUGAGCAAGCUUAUAAUCUUGGUUCUGUAUAAUCAGUGGUAGAUAGUUGAUUUAGAACAGAUAUAUCAUCCAGCAUGUGGCAUUCCUAAUUAUUUGAAAUGAUUGCUCAGAGUAAUAGAGGUUGCCAGUACAUUUUUAAUUUUUGUAAAUUAUGUUAAUUUUUAUAUUUAACGUAUUGAUGUACAUUUUCUUCUUAUGGCCAAGUGUUGAUCAAGAGCUACUUUAAAUUAACAUACUUGAAUGAGUUAACUGAAGCACUGUGUAAUAAUCUAGGUCUGGAUGCAACUUGCAAACAAGCAAAUGUGUUGAUUUUGCUGUACCUGUGAAGCUGUUUGAUUGGUGCAGUGAAAAUCUGGUAUUUUCGAACUUUGGUGUCAGAGGAGAGAAUUAAACAGAACAAACCACCCUGUAUCUGGCCUUAACUCCAAACAUUUUCAUAGCUGUAUUUUACCUGGUUUUGGAGUAGUCCUUUAAACAAGUCUGAUAUGGGACUGAGAAGGAAAUCCAGCGUGGUUGAAAUUGGAAUGCUUUUACUGAUCCUUUCUAGAAAUGCAGAGCUAUUUGAAUGAAUCAAAAUUGUGUAAUAAAGGAAACCAGCCACGGAUAUCUAUUUUUUUUAAUCUAUUUUUGAAACUGCCACCAACUCUAUACUACUGCUGCACACCUUAGCUUGGAUUAUAUAAGGUUAUUCUCUAGGGCAUUGAUCUUUGGUUUGGUGGGUUGCAUUAGUGGUACCCCACCAUUUUAAAAACAAUGUUCCAAGAGUCAGAGACAACGGGGUGACUAAAUCCAAGAGGACAGAGCUGCUCUACUGUAAAUGCUUGUGAAGAAAAGUGAUAUUUUAGCAAGUACAACUUCUCACCCCUGCUUGACAACCUGCAGCUGCCAAAUUCCCCUCUGUUUGUACAACUAUGAGAGCCAGGAAUCCUGCAGUCCUCGCUUUUAAAACAAGAACAAAGAUGGGCACAUAAGAUAAAAAUGUAAUAGUGGGCCCCAUAUUGGGUUGGGGUUAAGGAUAGAUCCUGAGUUUGAAAGAGUUGAAGACUACUGCUCUAAAUUUUGAAAGAUCAGAACUUGAACUCCUGUCGGUAGCACCUCUGUAUGCACUUUAAAUCAACUUUUUGCUAAUGUCAGUACAAAGUAUUUGGUGAACUCCACUUUGCCGUGAAGUGCCCCACUGUGUAAUGUAAAAUAAAAAGUAUCAAACUCGAAA